CGCCACGCCGACGGUGCACGACGAGGAAGACACCAGCUGGACAACGACGACGGCGUCGACGACGACGACGGUCACUGUUUGCGGAUCAACGUGUCCUUGGCAUCGGAGGAUCGAUUGGCAACAUCGGAUGAAAACCCUUUUACAACUGCACGAAUUUUUCUUUGAGAGUUAUCGAGACACGGGACUCGAAACUUCGCGCUGGUGUCUAGAGCCACGUGCGAAGAGGUCGAAACAAAAAAAAAACUUCGCGAGAAGCUCAAGAAGUUGCGAUUCUGAGGAAGAAUAACAAAUCUACUUACAAUUAAUCACGGACUGUGAAAGUGCACAAGUUUAUGUAUAUUACAGACAAGUGGAUAAAAGAUUUGUGCACGCGAGGCAUCGAAGGACUGAAUUUUAUUACAGUGAAUGUUAUGUGUGUGGACGUGUCUUUCUUUUCUUAUCGAGAUUUUUAUACGCCGCUGUAAUAAUCUCACUGCACCCAAUUGAGGAUCAAUCCUGACCGCGGUAUCUGCGCCGUUCGAGUAGUAGAUUCUCGUCUUGGUCAGCCGCGGCUGGGACUCGUUGCGAGUGUUGCGAAGAAAUUCUUCAGCCACGAUAUCCUUAAGGCGUACGAACAUGCUGGAAUUCUACCCGUCGGCCCCAGGGCCAAACAACCACCCUGGAGAACCGGGCCAACCAUUGCUACCGACACCAACAAUGUCUUUCCCUCCAGGAAUGAACAACAAUAACUCUGAGCCAACGGUGUCGGUGAAGACGGAGGCGGGACUCCUAGAGGCGAUUUGCGCAGCUUGCGGUCGAGGCAUUGCGGACAGAUACGUAAUGCGAGUAGGAGAGAAAAGUUACCACGAGGAUUGCCUCUCUUGCGCUGCAUGCGCGUCUCCCUUGGUUCACACCUGUUUCACCCGGGAUCACAAGCUCUACUGCAGGGUGGACUACGAGCGCAUAUUCGCGGUGAAGUGCAGCCGAUGCAUGGAAAAGAUUCGAUGUUCGGAUCUCGUGAUGCGGGUGGCCGGCCUCUUCUUUCACGUCGAAUGUUUCGCCUGCUGCAUGUGCGGACAGAGCCUUCCUCGAGGGGCUCAUUUCAUCCUGAGACAGGGGCAACCCAUAUGUAGAAGAGACUUCGAGCACGAGCGUUACGUUCACAGUCCUCAAGACGACGACCUCCUGGACGAAAGUCGACCUCCGGACGGGCGGCGCGGUCCCAAAAGGCCCCGCACUAUUCUGACUUCCGCUCAGAGACGCCAGUUCAAAGCGUCCUUCGAAGUGUCGCCUAAGCCUUGCAGAAAAGUGCGCGAGGCUCUCGCCAAAGACACUGGUCUCAGUGUUCGGGUCGUGCAAGUCUGGUUCCAAAAUCAGAGGGCGAAGAUGAAGAAACUUCAGAGAAAAGCGAAGGCGGAACCUGGCGCCGAAAAGGAACCGAAGGAGGAACGCGCCGGGGAAAGUCCUCACAGCGAUCAUAGUCAUUACUUGAACGCGCUGAGCAUGCGCGACGGGGAUUCUUCCAGCUUCCCUUCGGCCACGCAGCCGCUCAACCCCAACAACCCUUACUCACCCGACGACACAUACGCGGGACAUUCCGGCGAGAGUUUCUGCAGCAGUGACCUUUCUCUGGACGGUACCGAGGCCGGGUUCGAUAUCGGGGAUGGGGAUAACGGGGGCCCGGAUGGGAGUCAUCCUGGUGGGCCUCAUUCCCAUCACGGACCUCCCCCGCACGAAGCGCCGACACUUUCCCAGAGCCUACACGCCGCGAUGCAUAAUCCGAUAGACAAACUCUUCAUGAUGCAAAGCAGUUAUUUUAGCGGCGAACACGCGUAGGGGUUUGAGCCUUGGAGGCUGGGGCUUGAUGAAGCUUAAACUGAAACUUACGCGUAAUGAAUUUCACUCGAAGAUUAUUUUUCAAACGAAACGAACAAAGUACGCGCAUGUAUGUAGAUGUACCUUUUACGAGUAGAGAUUCAACGACCUGCUGUGUAAUAUUGUUCUAGUCAGGUUUUCUUCGAUGACCCGUAGAAUUGGUAAACUAUUAUUGCUGUCGUUCGAGUUGUUGAUUUUUAAACUUACUUCCUUCUGAGAUACCGAUUAUUUUGAUCAACCAAUACUAUGAUUACUUAUAUAUAUUUUAAUUUAUUGAAAAAAAAAAAAUUAAUCACCCAGUUACGUGUAUUUAUUUCAUCGUAUAUAGCUAAAUCCAAAGAAUAAUCCGUUGCUUUAGUUUUACCGUAUAUAUAUACUUCGUUGAAACAUCGAUUUUCAGUUUUAAAUAUGAAGAUUGAUACCAAAUAAAAGAGAUGUAGAAGAAUAUUUGUAUUUACGUUUAAUAAUAAGUGUACUUUAAUAUAUUAUAAUAAUAAAAAGUU